CCUUUCAAAAUGAAGGUGUUAACAGUGCUAUUUUUCGCAGCGUUGGCUAGCGUUUCGGGGUUUUUGAUAAAAGUACCUACAGUGCCUACGCAACCCAGACCUGCUUCAUCUGGAUGGGUUCACCUUCAGAAGUUAAUACUUUCGCUUUUCGAGAAUGUGUGUGAAGAGAGCACAGAUCCGACAAUCAUCAGAUUAGCGCAGGAAUUCACUCUAGAUUCAUCAAGUGGUGUUUAUCUGAAACCAGACGUAGUAAACAAUUUACAAGAUCACAUAUCAAGCAAAGGCUUAAUGAAGAAGGGCGAAAUUUUUUCAGAAUACAAUGCCGAUAACUUAAUAGAACUAAGAACAGUUUUCGAAGUGCUUUACUUCGCUAAAGAUUUCACUACAUUCUAUAGAGCAGCGGCUUGGGCCCGUCAGAACGUCAACUGUGGUUUAUAUGUGGAUGUUAUAUACUUUGCAAUACUUCACAGGAGAGAUACCGCCUAUCUUACUUUACCACCUCCAUAUGAAUUAUUGCCGAACUAUUUCAUUACGAGACCUUUUAUUUACAAAGCAUCAGCACUGCUUUCGGGUAAUGAGCUUCCAAUUGAUGACACAGCUCGUGAUGAUGGCAAUUCAUACAUUAUAGAUGCUAACUACACAAGUGAUUUCACUAAUGACAAUGACGAAUCAGCACUAGCAUACUUCCGCGAAGAUAUUGGCUUGAAUACCUACUACUUCUUACAAAAACUAAAGAAAUGCCCGUGGAUACAAGAAAAUUCGGAUAUAAACAACCGGCAUGGGGAGUUCUUAUAUCACAUGAUGAAGCAACUGUCGGCUAGAUACAGUCUUGAGAAAUAUUCGUUUGGUCUAUCAGAUAGCGAUGAUAUGGAUUGGGAGUCUUUUAUUGUACCCGUUUAUGAUCCUAUGCUUAUUUAUUCGAACGGAGACAACUUUGGCUACAGGACAUUUCCUUUGGAUCUUUCUGAUAACGCAGAUGUCCAGUUAUUGCAAAAUAUCGAAAGCAACUUAGCUACAGUUGUUACGCAUAUGAGGAGUACAGGAUACAACAAAACGCAAAUAAUAAACCGUCUCAUGGAGAUUCUUCUCACUGGGGACAGAAGUUUCGAAGUAGUAUUGCAAAAACUGGUCGGCAAAGAUAACAGUAUCAGCCAACCUUCCGUACUAGAUCAUUACAUGACAACUCUUCGAGACCCUAUCUUCUGGAGACUUAACAAGCUUGUGGUCAACAUAGUUGACAAUGCCCUCAAAGUACUUCCCACUUACACAAGAAGUGAACUCUACUUCCCAGGAGUAGAACUAGUAAAUAUAGAAGUAAAGAAAAUAUCAACAUUCAUCGAUUUCUUCCAAUUUGAUGUCACUGAUGCUUUGAAAUCUACCUCAACUACAACAUUUCUAGUCAAAAUUGGCCAACCAAGAUUAAACCACAAACCUUUUACAGUAAAGCUAAAUAUUACCUCUCUAGUAGCUCAAAAGGGAUUAGUAAAAAUUUACUUAGGACCAAAAACACCUCCUGGAGAUUUAGUUGCAUACAAAAAUAUGUUUGUAUUGCUAGAUAGUUUUGAAUACAGUUUGAAGAAUGGCAUUAACAUAGUUACAAGAACAUCUGACGAAAUGGCGAAUCUUUCUGAUGAUUUCACUUCUUUUAAAACUCUUCGUAAAAACGUAGCUGAUGCAGAGUUUGGGCUAGGUUCUUUACCAAUGAAAGAUAUCGAAUCUAAGUUGGGAUUCCCAUCACGUUUAAUCGUACCUAGAGGUGCUGAAGAUGGACUACCUAUACAGAUAUUUGUAUUUGUUGCGCCAUUUGUGAAAGUCAGUCCUAGUAGCAUGUUUAUGCCAUCUAAUAUGGAAUUUAACUCAGAAAUUUUGUCACCUGGUUUCCCACUAGAUUUAGGUAUAACUGAUGCUCAACUAUUUGAGCUCCCCAAUGCUUUAGUUAAAGAAGUGUCAAUAACUCAUAAGGGAGACAAAACGACUAGCUACGGAGGAACUAGCGAUGCCAAAAAAUGGCAGCAAGGUACUGUUGGCGGUACUAGUCAGAAAAUUUUUGGAAAGAAAAACGAACGUUUUGACUACAAAUCUAAAAAAGCACAAUAUGGAAACAAAAAAAACUACGACUACACUGCUAAGAGAGGUGACUACUACAAAUACAAGAACAAAGAGUUUCGAACUACGACUGAAAGUAUCAAUACAGGAGAUACAAUUACACGUAUUUAUGACAAUAAGGUUGACCAUACUGAAAUCAGAGAUGAUAAAAUAAUAAGAAAAGAUAGCUUUAAUCAAGAUGUUAUCCUCAACUCGGAACAAAAGAAAAUUAUUGUUGACGAAAGCAUUUUUGUACCCACCGAGUCUGAUGGCAAUGACAACAAUACGUUAGGGAAAGUAGACCUUAAUAAAAACAGCAUCUUUGGGAUUAACGACUUAGACACAGAUAUUGACAAUACUGGUCAUACAUAUACCAAAUCUGCUUUUGUCUAUGAUGAUAACAAAACGGUUGCGAAAAUUGAUGUCAAUAAAGACGUGUAUGUUGAUACAAAUAAAAAAAUAGUUGACUUCGAUAAAGAAGUAAAUGUACCUACCCACAAAUAUGCCAAAGAUGUGACCAACGUUGAUAAUAAACGUACAGAUAAAGUUGGCUUAGACAAAGAAGUAAGAGCACACGUAGAUACUGAAUACAAUAAAGUAGAUUUCGACAAAAUAUUUCCUAUUCAUAAAGAAGCCACUAUUGUAAAUGACUUCAAACAAGAUAACAAAUUAGAUGGUUCAAUAAGAGACACGGAGGAUAUGUAUGUUGUAGAUCCGGUGGAAGAAGACGACAAAAAUUCAAUUCUUAGUCCAACAGAACGAAAGUAUAGAAAACCUUCGAUUUAUGAUUACCUGGUACAUCCAGUUUAUGUUGAUUAUUCUGAUGAAAAAGUGUACGAAUAGCUGUUUGGUGUACACCUAGUUUUAAGAUAGUUAUAUUAUUAGGGUUAGGUUCAUAAUUAAAUAACUCUAAAACAUUAGAGUUAUUUAAUUAAGAACUAUGUUGAUUAAAAAAAAAUAAAGUUGCGAUAUAUUAACAUGACUUGUAUUGAUUGUUAGUAAAAGUUAUCUACAUAUUUCGA